GCCACGGCGAUGAGGCCACCAGUGCUUUUGGAAUACACUGGUGAUGUGCAGGGACUACCGCUGGCCUUGCUGCAUGAACUGUCAGUGUUGAAAAACAUCACGACAUCGCAGUGAAUUUGAAGGUUGGCAGGUUCCCUCAUUCAUGGCUCGGGCCUGGCAGUCAUAGGAUGGACUGGCGACUCCUCUGCAGGCACUGAAGUGAUUUCAUAGACACUGGCCGUGAGCCGAAGACCUCGUACAGGUGACACGUCUGCUCUGAAAAAGGUUUAGAGAGACAUGGAGCUUGAAAGAAUCAUUCAAGACACCCUGACACGCUUCAUCCAGUCCCACAUCCCUGCAGCUGAUCUCAGUGGGAUGGAUGAUGUUUUCUUCUCUUAUAUCACGGGUGUCCUGGAAGAGCUGGGCUCACCAGAGUCUUCUGAAGAGGCUUUUGACAUGGACACCUUUGUAGAAAUGAUGGAGGCAUAUAUCCCUGGUUUUGCAGAAAUCCACAGUGCAGAUGUUUGUGAAAUGAUGUUCUCCCUCUCAGAAAGGCUUGGUGAAGCUCGCAACAAAGAAAAACUUGGCCAAAAGGCUGUGGAAAGCAGGAGUGAAGCGCCCUCUGAAGACCUCACCAAGGGCCAGGAGCCUGGAGCUGGAGCCUGCAGCGGGGAAAGACUGUGCACUCUAACAGACGGAGCCGGGGCCCAGGAAGGUGCUGACUUGAAGGAUGGGGUGGAGCUGCUACUGGAGAUGUUCCCGGCCUGUACUGUGAGCCAGGCAGAGAAGGCUCUCGCCAUGGCCUUGGGGAACUUGGAAGAGGCAGUGCAAUUAAUUGUGGAGGAGAAGGUGGAAAUUGGCCCAUCAGGUGCGAGUGUGAAGGAACUGGCACGGCCCCGCAGAGCACCCAACCACGAGGAACUAAAACAGGUCAUUCUACAGAAAUACAUGAUGGUGGAUAGUGCAGACGAUCAGAAAACACAUCGGCCAGCUCCACCCAAAGAGGCUCCCAAGAAGUUGAUCCGCUAUAUUGAUAACCAGGUGGUGAGUACAAAAGGAGAGAGGUACAAAGACAUCAAGAAGCCUGAGAGUGAGGAGAUGAAGAGAACCUACAUCAGCCUAAAACCAGCCAGGAAGUACAAGUUCCACUGAGAGCCAGGUUCUCCUGCUCUUCAGCCUUUCACCUCACUGCCAGGCAUGGCAGGAUGGAUGUGUGGUGCUAGGAAUGAGGCAACUCCACCUGCCAUUAACUUGAACUAACCUGGAAGCCAGGAUACUGCUUUCAGCUUCCUCAACUAACCUGGCUGAGGACACUUUUCUCCUUGUGUAGCUAUCCCUCUGACCCCAGGGGCACACAUCAGUGGCUCUCCAGGACCUGGGCAUUCUCUGCUAUUCCUUGCAUGGGACGUUUUUAGAUCUGAGAUGCGGCAUGUGCUUUUGCAGCAACCUUUUUAACAAGUCUUUGUGCACUGUUGCUUUGAGUGCCAGCAUUAAUAAAGAUGAUGUGAGUUGGUGUGUAGU